AUGUUUUCUGGCGCCAUAUUCAACGAAGAGAGCUGUACCAUCGGACGAAAAGAUCAUUUUAUCUCCUAUGAAGACUUUGUGUACUUCCUCAUCAUAACCAUGUCAACGGUGGGGUACGGCGACUUUGCUCCAGUUACGUUCCGAGGUAGGAUACUGGUACUCGUCUUCAUCGCCCUCACGCUGAGCUUGGUCACAUUUCAAGUAAAGAAGCUUAUGUUUAUUUUGGCGGAGGAUCAUAUCCAAUACGGCGUUGUCCCCAACAGCUCCUCACAUCACAUCCUCAUGGUAUGUGAUAGAGUAGACCUAGUACUAAUACAAAGCCUCAUCAAAGAGCUUUACUCCACCAAGUUCUACGAAGGGGCCCCGCCAGUGCUAGUCAUUACUACCACCGAUCUACCCCAUGAACAGACUUGUAAAAAACUCAACGAGACGUGUACGGCCCUGGGCAUCCAUCUCUACAUCAGAAGAUUCGAUUUCGCCUCGGCUUAUCGUCCGGCAUCGCUCGAGAGCUCGACCUCUGGAGCCAACACUGGGUACACCAACAACUCAGCAUCCUCAUCGUCGAGCUCGAACAGCAAAACCAAAUUCACUGGAUCUGGCUGCGGCCAUCUACGUGCUUACUCCGCCACCAUCGUCGGGUCCCUCGGUGACCUCAACCAUAUGUUCUAA